GGGCGGCGAGCCCAGCGCCAACCCGCGAGCGACCGAACCCCGGCGUGCAGCCCGGAUCGCCGCCCGCCAUGGCCCGCGCUGCCCGGCUCCUCGCCGCGCUAGCCGCGCUCCUGGCCGCCGCCGCCACAGGCGGAGAUGCCCGGCCCAGCAAAAUCGCCGUGGUGGGGGCCGGGAUCGGGGGCUCUGCCGUGGCCCAUUUCCUCCAGCAGCACUUCGGCCCCCGGGUGCAGAUCGACGUGUUCGAGAAGGGGACCGUGGGCGGCCGCCUGGCCACCAUCUCAGUCAACAAGCAGCACUAUGAGAGCGGGGCCGCCUCCUUCCACUCCCUGAGCCUGCACAUGCAGGACUUCGUCAAGCAGCUGGGGCUGAGGCACCGGCGAGAGGUGGUGGGCAGGAGCGCCAUCUUCAGCGGGGAGCACUUCGUGCUGGAAGAGACGGACUGGUACCUGCUGAACCUCUUCCGCCUCUGGUGGCACUACGGCAUCAGCUUCCUGAGGCUGCAGAUGUGGGUGGAGGAGGUCAUGGAGAAGUUCAUGAGGAUCUAUAAGUACCAGGCCCAUGGUUACGCCUUCUCAGGCGUGGAGGAGCUGCUCUACUCGCUGGGCGAGUCCGCCUUCGUCAACAUGACCCAGCGCUCCGUGGCCGAGUCCCUGCUCCAGGUGGGCGUCACUCAGCGCUUCAUCGACGAUGUCGUCUCUGCAGUCCUGCGGGCCAGCUACGGCCAGUCCGCGGCGAUGCCCGCCUUUGCCGGAGCCAUGUCGCUCGCUGGGGCCCAGGGCAGCCUGUGGUCUGUGGAGGGAGGCAACAAGCUGGUUUGUUCCGGUCUGCUGAAGCUCACCAAGGCCAAUGUGAUCCAUGCCACAGUGACCACUGUGACCCUGCAACAGACAGAAGGGAAACCCUUGUACUAUGUAGAGUAUGAGAACGAGGUGGGCAAUGGCUCUGACUUCUAUGACAUAGUGGUCAUCGCCACCCCCCUGCACCUGGACAACAGCAGCAGCACCAUCAGCUUCGAAGGCUUCGACCCGCCCAUCGAUGCCGUCCAGGGCCCUUUCCAGCCCACCGUCGUCUCCUUGGUCCAUGGCUACCUCAACUCUUCCUACUUUGGUUUCCCCGACCCUAAGCUUUUCCCCUUUGCCAGCAUCCUCACCACGGAUUUCCCCAACUUCUUCUGUGCCCUGGACAACAUCUGUCCCGUCAACAUCUCGGCCAACUUCCGGCGGAAGCAGCCUCAAGAGGCAGCCGUCUGGCGAGUGCAGUCCCCCAAACCCCUCCUCCGGUCCCAGCUGAAGACCCUCUUCCGCUCCUAUUACUCGGUGCAGACGGCCGAGUGGCAGGCCCACCCCCUGUACGGCUCCCACACCGGCCUCCCGCGCUUCGCCCUCCACGACCAGCUCUUCCACCUCAAUGCCCUGGAGUGGGCGGCCAGCUCCGUGGAGGUGAUGGCCGUGGCUGCCAAGAACGUGGCCCUGCUGGCCUACAACCGCUGGUACCAGGACCUAGACAAGAUUGACCAGAAGGAUCUGAUGCACAAGGUGAAGACUGAGCUGUGAGGGCUCUGGGGAGAUCCCGGAAGGUCCAUCCCCGCCGACGAUAGAUCACCCCCGCUAGCGGCCACGGUCGGGCAGGCUGCGCUCCCCCGCCAGGCCUCGCUCCGGCCCCUCGUGUGUCAAGCUGCUUCUCCUUCCGGCGUGGGUCCAGGUGGCCCGCUCUCUGCCUCUCUGUCUUAAGGACUCUCACAGUGUUUGCUUCUUUUUAAGGGGGAGAAUGAGAGAAGGGAAGGAAAUCCCAGCCCGUGUAUUCAUUUUAUUUAUUUUUUUUAAGAAGAAAUAAAAAUCCACCCUCUCCAGCUGCUUCUGAUUGGGUUUUCUAACUAGAAUGCGGGGAUCAUUGGGAGGAAAUACGGGGAAAGAACUAUGAACCAGAUUUCUUUAUUGUUUUCCAUUGCCUACUCCCAAAAUGUGUGUGAGGCAAUACCUACAAUGAAAUACAGGUACCAGACGGUUACAAAUAAAGUAGAAGGGAAGAUCAGAAAACAUCAGACAUGAUCAAAGCUUCCUCUGUACUGUGCGCUUGCUAGAUGUGAGGUGCUUAGCUGAGAACUUACUAGACACCAGCCAAGCCUCUCAACAACCCUGCAUGUCGGGAGACAUGACUGUGGUAGGACCUAAGGAAGAGAUGGUGACCUCAGUGGAGCUCUUGGGAUAGCUCUGAGCUUCCUGACAUCCAGUGGGAAAAGGGAAAUAUACCAGGCCAUAGGAAGAGAAAAGCUUUUCCUCGGCACCUGGAAGAGUUGGCCAUUGUGUCCAUUAUGCAAGGGUCGAAGAGUGAUACAGUGGACCUUUCUUGCAAGAAUACCGGUUCCUAGGUGGUGGAGGGUGGUCCAAAAAUAUCCUUCAAGCAGAUGGAGGCCCAAAUUGGCUUUGAAGUUGUUUUUGCUGUGCUGAGGUGAUGGUUGUGUCAGUGAAGAAGACGGUGCCUUUAAAGUGCACGUAGCGCGUACCUGUCGGUUAUUAUAGGAAUUAUGAAGCUGGCACAUCGGUGAGAAUGUUCUACCUCUGGUUGAAGUAGUAGAAAACCAAUCUUAAAGUGGCUUCAGCAAUAAAAAGAGGUUUUAUUGGUUAUGAGAGUCCGGGCACAGGGCAGGCAUCAGCUCUGUGCUGUGCCAGCGCCGUUUUUUCUCUCCUGGUCAAGGAUGGCCGCCAAGAGCGCCCAGGGGCAGCGGUCUCGCACGACUGUGAACACAGUCGGCUCUGGGCCAGCUGGGCAGUGGGCCCCUGCUGAACCAAUUCUAAUGUGACCGAGCAAAUGCCGCGUGCUAAUUGGUUUAAGACUCAGCUGCUGGACCAGUAAUAGGGACACAGGGGAUGAGACGAAGCUGAUUGGCUUAGAAGAGUCAGGUCCCUCCCCUGGAGCAGCCUUAUCCAGACUACAAGUUAGGAGAAGCAGAAAGGGGGUUAGAGAGAGGCACUCUGUCAACCACUUGCAGGGUGGGGCUGUGCCCUCCCCCUCUUCUCAGGGCCAGUGGAAUCAAUAUGUAAUGACAUCCUUUCAUGGUCUGUGUUUGGAAUGAAGAUGCCACGGGCUGUCCUAUUGUAACUGAUGGUCAUUGGUAUUGGACCAAGGCCAGUUUCAACCUUGUCCCUGGUAACCGUCCCUCCCUUGCAUCCCUAAGGAGGUGCGCACAGAAGAGGCAAACCAGGACAGUUACAUCGGAUCCCCAGUCCUCAGCUGGGACUUUGGCUGGUUCUUCAGAAACUUCCUUUAUCUGGGUAGACAGGCCUGAACAGCUCAGAACCAAAGCAGGCCAAAGUGCCCAUGCUGACAGCUGGCCUGCUUCCCCGAGUCCAAACCUGAGAACUGGAUCUCACCACCUCUCCGCCUGCAAGGAAAAGCCAGAGAUUCCUGAAGAUAGGAGACGGGAUCAUAAGUUCCGGCAGGAAGCCUUGGCCCCAGGGCCCACCCCAGCCUUCUCAGACCAGGACAGAAGCCCCCAAGGGCCCACAGCCCUCUGGGAGAAGAGAGAGCAUUUGCAGAGACAGCCCUGUAAUUUGCCAAACAGAGCAGGAAGGAGGCCACACUCAUACUCAGUGGUCCUGGGGCAGUGUGGUGGACAUUUAAAACUCUUUGCAGGGUCUCCAUCCCUACAGCAGGUGACCUAAGCAACACUUGAACACUUGGGGGUGUGGGAGGUGGUGGAGGAUAGAGCUGGGGGUGGCUAAAGAAUAGGAGGGGCGAGAGGAAUGCCUUGGUCCCGAUGCACCAUUUUUUUAAAAUUUUUUUAAACGUUUAUUUAUUUUUGAGACAGAGACAGAGCAUGAACGGGGGAGGGUCAGAGAGAGAGGGGGACACAAAAUCCAAAACAGGCCCCAGGCUCUCUGAGUGGUGGGCACACAGCCCGAUGCAGGGCUUGAACUCAGGGACCGCGAGAUCAUGACCCGAGCGAAGGUGGGAGGUUUAACUGACUGAGCCACCCAGGCACCCCCCUACCCCACCUGACACACCUUUGAAGGAGCAACAGGAGCUGGGGCAAACCUUGGGCUCCCCCUAGAGGCCUCUGUGCAUGCGUGCAUGCAUGCAUUCAGCAUGCAUUCAUGCAUCCAGCCCUGCACUCUUUUGCACUGGAGCCCGUGCUGAGUGCUGGAGAUGCAGAUAAGGCCCCUAUGCUCAUGGAGUGGGGGGUUCUUACCAGACAGUGUAAAAUAUGAGUCACACACAGACUCAAACCAAAGGAGGUUCCUGGGCACAGUGUAGACCCAGCUCUCUCCUUGGACCUCCAAAGGUCCUGAGCUCCCUGCUGCUGCCUUUAAACCAGGGGACUAGAAAGGGCCAGCUGCCAGCCCAGGCUCCCAAGGCCAAGUUCCUAGGCUGCAGAAUGGUAACACUGGGAAAGACCCUGAAGAUCCGAAAUCCCAUCUGCUUGUUUCACAGACGAGAAUACUGAAGCCCAGAAAGUUAGGAAAAAGCAACAUCCAUAUAAAACUAACCGGCACUUAGUGAGGAUCUCUGGGUGUCUGAUGCUCCAGUAGGAGAACAGCCUGUCCCACCCGGAUGAGGAGUCUCCCCGCCCAAUCCCUAUGCCCCAGGGAACCCGAGUCUCCCACUAGAGCAACCAUCCUGCAGCUCAGUUCUUCCCACGCCUGCACCCCACCACAAGGCCUUGACGCCGUGGGUCCCUCGUGUGCUGCUGAAGUCUUACUAAGGCCUGGAGAGCGGGCUGUGGGGCCUCACAGGCGAACAACCCCUGGGGAGGAGGGCCGGCUGCUGGAGGCAUCAGCUUGGGCUGGCACAUGAAGUCUAUUUUCCAUGUGUCUGGAACCAGGCCAAAGCUUCCUGGGGUAAUUUUAACCAGUAUCCGCUCUAGAACAAUACCAAAAAAGGUAAGUUGCUUACCACCCCAGACAGGCUCAUACCUAAUCAUUGCCCUUUCAUGAAUUGGAGUCUUAAAACCUUCAGAGCUAAAACUGCUUUAGGCACUGAAGGAAGAGUCGCCAAAGUGGCCCUCUGUUGGCUGUUGGCCCUCCUGUUGAAAUUAACCCUGAAGUGCCAGCUGUUCUUAACCUCACAAAAUAGCCUGAGCCCCUCAGCUGUCUUGGAGGAGGGAAGGUAUUUUUAGACCCUGGAACAACUGGUUUAGGACUAGCUGCGGGGGACUAGGAGGUCAGGGGGAGGAUUGAAUUGCAAGGAGGUAAUGGGGGGAGCGGGGACUUAUCCAAAGGGCAGGAACCAGCAGGGGUUUAACGACAAGGCAGUCCACACUGCCUUUCUGAUCAGCAAAGUAUCUUGAUAUAAGCCAGCGGUUCUCCCAAGUUCUCCAAGUGUGGCCCCCGGACAAGCAGUUAUCACCCGGGAACCACUGCAUUGGAAAUGCGAAGUCUCAGCUCCCACCUGGAACCCCUGCACGUGGGGCCCCCGCGAUCUGUGUUUUAACGAGUACUCCAGGUGAUUCUGGCGCUAGCUAAAGUUUAGGAACCGCCGAUAUCAUGAAACCAUCUAUCCAGAUCCCCUUACACAUAAGGCUGGAGGAAAGGAUGAUCGACACGGGUGCUUCCCAACUCUUGAGUGUCUGUUCAAAGCAAGGGAUCCCAGCCCGGAAAAAUCCAUACCCGCGUGAAAGUUUCAGGGGCUGGCUGGCCCAGAUUAAAAACCCCCCACUCUCUGGCAACCUGAAGGCUCUUCUGUGGGUCUAGGGCUGACCUGCAGAGAAUCUCAGAGCUGAAAGAGCCCUUCUAGGUCACUUACUCUAACCAAAGCAGGAUCUGCUCCACAGUAUCCAUAGAGCUUCAGCAUUAGCCGGGCUUUUCCAGAAACCGGAAGCUCCCCGCUUCCCUAAGAGCUUGCUCGCAACCGUCCUUGACUUAUCUGGGGGAGAGAUGGUGCUUGUUCACUCCUAUAUAGGUUUAUAUCAACGAAGCUCCAAUAACAUGGUUGAAGUAGGCUUACAAACCCAAAUUAAAGGAAGUAUGUGACUGCCCUAAA